AUGUCAGGUUGUCCCUGCGCUCCUCCUCAGGAUUCAUACAUCACCAACGCGGUGCUUGAUAAGGGCUACCAAAUGCUGUAUCUGGACCAGAGAGGAACCGGACUCAGCACGCCCAUCUCAGCUGCAACUCUAGCCCUGCAAGGAGACAUUAACAGGCAGGCCGACUACCUUAAGCUCUUCAGGGCAGAUAGCAUUGUCAAAGACUGUGAGGCAAUCCGGAAGACACUCACAGAAGACUAUCCUACCGAGCUCAAGAAAUGGUCGAUCUUCGGUCAAUCCUUUGGAGGAUUUUGUGUACUCACAUACCUCUCAAAGUUCCCGCAGGGUCUCCGUGAAGCAUUUAUAACUGGCGGAUUGGCACCCAUUGGCCGAUCUGCAGACCAAGUUUACCAGGCUACCUACCAAAAAGUUAUGGAACGCAACAAAGCUUAUUACUCAAAGUACCCUGAGGAUGUCGACACUGUGCAUAGUCUAGCCCUCCACAUCAAGAGCAAAGGUGGUUUGCCCCUUCCAUCCGGCGGUGUCCUAACCGUCCGCGGACUCCUACUCCUCGGACGACACUUCGGAUUCCACGGCGGUCUCGACACAGUUCACAACCUCAUCCUCCGCAUGAAGACUGACCUCUCCCAAUUCCAAUUCAUAACCCGUCCCACGCUCAUCGCUGUCGAAAACGCCCUCACCUUUGACGACAUCGUGCUGUAUGCCGUUCUCCACGAGGCCAUCUACUGCGAGGGCGCCGCCUCCAACUGGGCCGCGGAGCGCGUGGGAAAGACGCUCCGCGAAUUCCAGUGGCUGACCGGCACGCCGCAAUCUGCCGCCGCCGUAAGGGAGCAGCCGCUGUAUUUCGCCGGCGAGAUGAUCUACCCUUUCAUGUUCGACAAUUCGCCGGAGCUGGAGAAGCUGGGUGCAGUGGCGGACGUUAUUGCCAAAUACACUGACUGGCCGAAGCUAUAUGAUGAGUGGCAGCUGGCGCGUAACGAGGUUCCGCUGUACGCGGCGACUUUCGUGGAUGAUAUGUACGUGGAUUUCGGACUGGCGCAGGAUACGGCCAAGUUGGUCAAGAACUGCAAACAGUAUAUCACGAACGGGAUGUACCAUAAUGCGAUCCGGGCCAAGACGGAUGAGAUUAUGGAGAAGCUGUUCGCACUGAGAGAUGACUCUAUUGAUUGA